CCGCCUCCAGGUUUUUCCCUUUCCUCGAGGAAGCGAAUCAGAUCGCGCAGGGCGUCGCGGAGCCGAGCGGUCUGCGGAGCGGGCAGUGAGCGGGGACCGGGGCGCAGGAGCCGGGACAGAGCCUUCCCGCGGGGCUUUGCUGGGCUUUGCGGGGCGCGCGGCGCAAAGUCCCGGGCUGCAGCUCGGCGGUUGUUCAGACGCUACAUCCUCAGAUCUAGUUCCCACAGCCCCGGAGCAGCCCACAGGUGAAAUGGAAACUCAAAUAAAAUCACCAGAUGCACACCCUGAUGCUCCUCCUGACUACAAUUCUCAUUUUGUGGCAGGACCCUCUGGACCAGCUGUCCCUCCACCUGCGGGUUACCCAGGCGGAUUGCCUAUGGGAUACUACGGUCCACAGCUGCCCAGCGCCUUUCCCUUGUACCAACCAACUGGUAGUAUCCAUCCUAUCCAGUAUCAGCCUGGCAAAUAUCCUGGGCCCAGUCAGCUUGUUCCAGUUGCAUGGAUGCCACGACCAUCACCCAUGGCAAACUGCCCUCUUGGCCUGGAAUACUUAAUUCAGCUGGACAACAUACACGUUCUUCAGCAUUUUGAGCCUAUUGAACAGAUGACAAAUUUCGAAACCAAUAACAGAUAUGAUAUUAAAAACAGUGCAGACCAGAUGGUUUACAUCGUAAAUGAAGAUACUGAUGACUUUACCAGGAAUGCUUAUCGGACACUAAGGCCCUUCGUCCUUAGGGUCAUUGACUUCAUGGGACGAGAGAUCAUGACGAUGCAGAGACCUUUCCGAUGUACCUGCUGCUGCUUCUGCUGCCCCUCAGCCAGGCAAGAGCUGGAGGUGCAGUGUCCUCCUGGAGCCACAAUUGGCUUUGUGGCAGAGCACUGGAACCUGUGCAGAGCCGUCUACAGCAUCCAGAAUGAGAAGAAAGAGAACGUGUUGAGAGUGCGUGGACCCUGCUCUACCUAUGGCUGUGGCUCCGACUCUGUUUUCGAGGUCCAGUCCCUGGACGGUGUGUCCAGCAUUGGCAGCAUUAUUCGUAAGUGGAAUGGUCUGUUGUCCAACAUGGGAGAUGCUGACCACUUUGACAUCCACUUCCCGUUGGACCUGGAUGUGAAGAUGAAAGCCAUGAUAUUUGGAGCUUGCUUCCUCAUUGACUUCAUGUACUUUGAAAGGUCUCCACCACAACGCUCAUCAAGAUAGAGAGACACAGCCAAUCAUCAAUUAUGGUUAAUGCAAAAAAAUGGAAAAAAGCUGCCUUAGGCUUACAGUUAACCCUCAAUUAUUUGCAAGUAUAUGUCUCUGCUUUGGCAGAUUCUUUGUAUUGGGGGUAAGCUUUGACAGCCAGACUGAGAGUGUGAGUCCAAGACCACAGUCAGAACAUGUGCUUCAGCUCAGAAUCUGUCGACCCGGUGGCCUGGGAAUUCCUUCUGAGAAGCGAMGACCAUUUACCAAGGAAGCACACACAAAUAAGCUUUUUAAUGCUGUGGCCCUGGGAUGUGGGAACAUGAAUCCAGAGUUCCCACACCUAUAGGUAGUGAAAUGGCAGACUGCURUUGGGACCUGGCUUCUAUCUCUAGCCCUUUCCCCUUUCCUCUCUCUAUUAAUAUGUCCUUUAGUAGGAGGCAAACUCAACUUCUGGUAAAAAUAAUUAUAUACUUCWUCUGUAAAGACCAAAGGGUAGACAGACAGAAAUAUUACAUUGUAUUGUAAAAGGAAAUUUUUACUUGUGCACCAAUAUCCAAACCUCAUUCUGGCCAGGCACAGUGGUGCAUGCCUGUAAUCCCAGUGGCUCAGGAGGCUGAGGCAGAGAAUC